UUGGUGCCCGCCGCUAGCCACUUCUCGCCCCCGCGCCCGACCGCGUUGCUGCCUUGCCAUGGGUCGACAGAAGGAGUUGGUGAACCGUUGCGGGGAGAUGCUCCAUAUCCGCUACCGGCUGCUUCGCCAGGCGCUGGCGGAGUGCCUGGGGACCCUCAUCCUUGUGAUGUUUGGCUGUGGCUCCGUGGCUCAGGUGGUGCUCAGUCGGGGCACCCAUGGUGGCUUCCUCACCAUCAACUUGGCUUUUGGCUUCGCUGUCACCCUUGCCAUCUUGGUGGCCGGCCAAGUGUCUGGAGCCCACUUGAACCCCGCUGUGACCUUUGCCAUGUGCUUCCUAGCACGUGAGCCCUGGAUCAAGCUGCCCAUCUAUACACUGGCACAGACACUGGGGGCCUUCUUGGGCGCUGGGAUCGUUUUUGGGCUGUACUACGAUGCAAUCUGGGGCUUUGCCAACAAUGAACUUAUCGUCUCCGGCCCCAAUGGCACAGCUGGCAUCUUUGCCACUUACCCGUCCGGACACUUGGACAUGGUCAAUGGCUUCUUUGAUCAGUUCAUAGGCACAGCCUCCCUCAUCGUGUGUGUGCUGGCCAUUGUUGACCCCUACAACAACCCUGUCCCCCGUGGCCUGGAGGCCUUCACCGUGGGCCUUGUGGUCCUGGUCAUUGGAACCUCCAUGGGCUUCAAUUCUGGCUAUGCUGUCAACCCUGCCCGUGACUUUGGCCCGCGUCUUUUCACUGCUCUAGCUGGCUGGGGUUCAGAAGUCUUCACGACCGGCCGGCAUUGGUGGUGGGUACCUAUCGUCUCUCCGCUCCUCGGUUCCAUUGCCGGCGUCUUCGUGUACCAGCUCAUGAUUGGAUGCCACCUGGAGCAGCCCCCACCCUCCACGGAGGCAGAAAAUGUGAAGCUGGCUCAUGUGAAGCACAAGGAACAGAUCUGAGUGGGCAACAGCCAUGCCCACUCUUCACUCUCGAGUACCCACCGUGUGUGGGCCACUCCCUGAGAGCCCCCUGUGAUACCUCUCUCACAGACUAGGACGCUACCCGUACCCACCCCUGCUGGGUGGCCCUUCCAGAAUCUCUACUGAACUCUGCCCGAUAAGACAUUCGAUCCCCAUUCUUAAGCCAAAGUAGGAUAGCAAGCAGGACCAAACAUCCUUUUGUUUCCAAAAGGAAAAGAAUGUGCGGUGUGUGUGUGUGUGUGUAUGUGUGUACAGGCAUGCUUGUAUGCUGUUUUCCAGACAUUCAGAAGGGACCAAAUUUUCAAAACAGACCCUAACAGUUCAAGGGAGCCCCGGAAAAGGGAGUGAGCUGUGAGGAAAGUAUCGGAGUGUGCAUGCUUCAGGGGCUCCAUGCGGAGGGGGACCCAGAAGUGUGUUUCUGAGUAUGUGUGUCUGCUCUUUUUUUUUUUUUUUUACAGUGGGU